AUAUUUUUAUUUUUUCUAUUAGGUUGAAAUGUUUUGCUGAUCUCAAGUUAGACAGAAUUUCCUCAACACUUUGGCCAUGGAUAUAGUUGUGGCUGUCAUCAGACCUAAACCAGGCCAUGCGUCAAGUACAUACAAGCCUCAACUGUAUGAAAUUCUACUGUUGGACAGUAAAUCUCCUCCUGGAGAUAGGGUGAAAAUGUCUAAGUAUCUACCUAUGAUGACUCUCAUGUCAUUGGAUGAGGAACCUCGAGAAGUAGUGCUUACCAAAGUACACAAGUUGAUUGGCAUCAAAGGUGACAGAGCUUUGCUUAUUCAGUGGAACAGAGAGAUGUUAGCCAGUCAUAGGCUAUCUUUAUCUCAGUUCUCAUUAUACUUUGUGCCUGUUGGUUCAAGUGAAAAAAUCCAUAAGAAGUAUGUUGAACAGGUUCAAAACCCUCCUAGCUUUUACCCAUUAGAAUAUGUUCUUGAUGCACUGGAUACUAAUGCUGUGCACUUUCCCUCUCCAACACGAUUGUUUCUCUUUCAUCUUGACAGUUGGCUAAAAGAAAAACACCUGAGACCAACUGCCAUUGAGCGAGCGUUUCAGCAAAAAGCUGAGUUCCGCAUUCACCUUACAAUACACAACCCUGCAUUCAUUCCAAGCCGCAUCACCUCCGAAGUUGAUGGAGGCGGCAGUGGGAAUAUGGCACACUUUUCCCAGGAGAUAGUGAAGAAUGCCAACGAGGCCCUGGCCAAGAUGUUGUCAAUAGAGAAAUGUGAUAGUGUGGUUAUAAACCCACUGUUUGGCUCACUCUUGCCUUACAAAACUAAACCAAACUCAUAUGUGAUAAAUCCACACUGGCCCAAUGUUCCCAGCUACCACAAGGUUCCUGAAAAUGGUUUUAGCAAAUACACUUGGCAAAACAAAUACCCACUGCACCAUUUUGCAGCACAAGGGGAAAAAACAGAAGUAGAGAUAUUACUGAAACAAGGUUACAAUCAUUCAGUGCUGGACAAUGUGGGUUAUGCCCCCAUACAUUAUGCAGCUAAGUAUGAUUACAUCAGUGUGGUGGAAGCCUUGCUCAUUGGUGGAUGCUCUCCAAACUUGGUGGACAGCACCAAGACCACAGCUCUGCACAUGGCUGCCAAGAGGGGUAGUAUCCAGCUGGCAAAGUGCCUUUUGCAACGCCCAGAUAUUGACCUGGACAUAAGAGAUAAAGAUGGUCGUAGAGCACUAGAUAUCUGUUUGUCUGCUUCUAACAAAACUCCUGGACAGGAACAAGUAGAGGUGCUCAUUAAAGAAGCUUCAAAAAGGCCAAGCUACACAGUGGAAGUAUUCCUCAUGGAUAAGAGCAGUAAGAACUUAAAGUUGGUUUCAGGAUUCCGAACCACUGUUCAGCAGCUCAAUGAACUGCUUAUGAAGGAAUUUAACCUUCCACAAAACUACUGGGAUAUUUUUACACUGUGGAUUGGAUCCAAGAGUUUAGAAUUACAACUGAAGCUGGAUCAUGAAGUUGUGAGGGAAUUACAGCAAUGGAACACCAGGAGUGUGAGUAUGUUGACAGACAGAAGGAACCCCUCAGAAGAGGAACCUUUACUCACCUGGAGGAGGAACGUCAAAGUCAGUGUAGAGAAAGAAAAACUUCUUCAACAUCCUAAAGCUCUGGACUUGCUCUACUAUGAAGCCCGCCACAACUACAUAAAUGGCCUGUACCCUUGUAAGGGCAAGGACACCAUCAACUUUGCCACAAUGAUCUUAGCCCACGAGCAUCAGGGAACUACCAACAUUAAGUCUGUUCUGGCUAAUUUGAGCCAAUCACAACUCAAGGAUCUGGUACCGGCUGCUGUACUGAGAACAAAAGACACAAACUAUUGGUUGAACAAGAUCUCCAAGACAUAUGCAAACUUCAAAGAUAUUCCCCAGCAGCAACUCAAGUCACAGUUUCUGGCUGGGUGUCAGAGGUUAAGCGUGUACGGCUCUGCAUUUUUCACUGGGAAGAUUGCUAAUCCCCUGACCCAGUGUUACAUUGGUGUGAAUGAUAUUGGUAUUCAUAUGAUAAGUGUUCAGACAAAGAAAAUGAUUCACUCUCUUGAUUAUAAAGACAUCUCUUGGAGACACAUUCAGGAGAAGACCUUAUUGGAGAUAAAAAUUCUGAGGUCUGCUCACAAUGUCAUUGAAAUACGCACUCGACAGGCUGGCCUUAUUGAUCACCUGAUGCAGCAGCUUGACCGAAUGCAUAGUCGAUGAGAGAACACUUGAACAGGGAAACUUCAUCAUAUCAUUUGGAAACAUGAAUACAGGAAAUGUUAUUGAAGAGAGUAACUUUCAGAUAAAUACUUAACAGAUUGUAAGGAACUAUGAUUGAAAAAGACUUCCAAUAUGUCUGUGUUAACUUCAUUUCUUGUAAAUUUCAUUUUUUUAUAAUUUAUAGUUACAUCAGAAUAAUUUAUGUAGUUAAUGGUAUAUCAAAUUUCUUCCACGUAAAAUGACAAUUUUAGUGAGUUUUAGGUUGUGCAUUUGUUAUUAUAUGAAUCAAAAUUUUGUUUAGUAGUCCUUAGAUUUAUAUUGUUUUGUUUUUAUACUUCUCCUUUUUAAUUUGCUUAGUUCUGCUUUUUAGUUUCCAAUCUAACUAUAUCAGUUUAUAUAGAAGUUUGUGCUUAGCUUCUUUAAUGUUUGUAAACUGCAGAUAACACAUUGAUAGAGCUUGAUCAUUCCUUUUUUGUAAACCUUGUUGUAUGUUGUUAUUUUUCAUAUUCUUUCUAUAUCUAUCAUUGCCAUAGUUAUCAUUAAAAGUCUUUCAGACUAAAUAUAACCAAUCAGAAUAACAUUAAAUGGUAUUGCUUAAAUAAGGAUCAUGUUUAAAAGCAAACAGUGCAUAGACUGAUGGCUUUGGCGGUCUUCUGUUUCUUCAUCUCAAAAUAUUAAAUGGCUUACAUAAAGACAUAACGUCAUGAAUUUGCUUCAUCAACUUGUUGAUCUAUCAUCUCAAUACAUAUCAUAAUCUGUCCCUUGACUUUCGUCAUAAGGGUGCUGUGACAGUUCAUGUAACCAAACCCCCUUCCCUUUUCUUGGUCAGCAGCUGUUCUUAGCAGAGUGUUUAGAGAGACGCUGGCCCAUUCAAUUAUGUUGUCAAGCCAGCUUUGGUCAACUCUUGGGGUUUCCUCCACUGUACCUUGAAGGGUGACUUUUGACAGCGAGUCAUGUUUUACAAUAUGACAGAAACAGCUCAGCUUUCGUCUCUUCAUAGUAUUGAGGACUUCCUUUUUUAUGUCCUAUUAUCUGAUUACUUUAACAAAUCUUCAUUUCAUUAUAUUAUCUGAUUACUUUAACCUUUACUUCAAAACUCUACAUAUAUCACCUGAUUGCUAACACCGACCUGUCAACUUACAUUAUAUACUGACCUAACAAUUCAAUACAGACCUAUUACCUGACUUCAUAGCACAUACUGACCUAUCAACUCACAGCUCAUACUAAUAAACCAACUCACUUCUUGUACUGACCUCAUAUUGGCCUAUCAUCUGACUGCAUAUACCGGCCUAUGAAUUAACUGAAUAUACUGCUGACCUAUCAACUGGCUGCAUACACCUAUCUGCUCAUUGAAGUACCACAAACUAUCAACUGACUGCAUUGUUUGCUUGAAUAGAGAAAAUGUGAUUCCACUAGUAGAUGUAAAUGUCUAUCUGAUUUUAAAAUGGCCUUUGUCUUCAUUCGUCAUUGUGAAUACUAACAUUUUGACUUCAAUGGUUUUAAACUGCGUACUAAAUAUUUUGUACGGCAACUUUCAUUUGUUUUGAGCGACUUGUGAUAAGACAAUUUUGUGGAGAGUUGUACAGGGACGUGGUGAAUAGAUUGGAGCUAUGUCUUGUAUAGAUGUGUAUGAGUGUGUGUGUGUGCUCAGUAAAUAGAUGUGUACUUGUAAGAAUGUGCAUGUGUGUGUUUGGUGAACACAUUUGCUGCACAUGGUGUUUACCUUGGCUUCUAGUUGAUGUGACUGCAGUUUGUCCUGUUCAUAUUACACAUAUAUUUUAAAUGAGUAAAAUAGUGAAUGAGUCUCUGCUUAUAUUUUAAAUUAUUUGAAGCGUGUGUGCGAGAUGACUGGUUCAGCUUACUGCUGCUUUAUAUACAUAUAUAUAUAUAUAUAUAUGUAUAAAUAUAUAUAUAUAUAUAUUUGUAUGUGUGUGUGUAUGAUUUACUGCUGGAUAGUAAACUUAUGAAUACUUAUAAUAUUAGGCAUUAUGAACUGUUGAUGAUCUUCUGAUUUAGUUUUAUUUGACCAUUCAUAUGUUGUGAACAAUGUGUUUUUAACUGACAGUGUCUGACAAUCCAAAACAUAAACAUGUGUUCUUUCAAGUUAACUUUAUUACUUGUUUUAUUAGUGUCUGAAAAUGUUAUGAGAACAUUUUUCACUGAGUGCCAUGAUUGUAAGAUCUGUUAUCUCUAGUUAAUGGACACAUCUAACCACUACCGAUUACAGUCAAAUCUGGCUAAUUUGACCACCCGCUUUUUCAGACUGAAUGCUAAAGUACUGAAACAAAUACUAUUAAAGUCAAAUCUGCUUAAUUUGACCAGCUGGUUGUUUUGACAAAAAUUUUGAUCGAGUCUAGAUGUGGUUUAGUUCACUGGAUUCAACAGGGAUAUUUAGACCCAUAACUAUUACAGUAAAUCAGACAGCUAGAGUAGUUCAAAGCUAGAAUUGUUUAAAUGUUGCACUAAUAAAACUAAAAACCACAGAAGUAACAAUGGCAACCAAUUCCAUUCUCUCAGAUACAAGUCUUCACAUUCAUGGAAUUCAUACAGAAAUUGCAUUCACAGUUUUAAUAAUAUGCAUAAUAUCUUAAUUAAAUUUCUUUUACAAUAAAAGUGCAUUACAUUUGAAAAAUAAGAUGAAAUGUUGGAUAUUCUAGAACUUAUCAAAACACAGCUAAUAAGUACUUGUAAUAAGCAUCCACCAAUAUCAGCUAGUCUUUAGUGCUUGCUAUUUAGUUGUACCUGUUAAAUAUAAAUUGUCUUUGUAUCUACUGUAUAUACAUUUUUGACCUCCUUCAGUUGUAGAAUGACUAUUUUCAUGUGACUGUGGAGCCCUAUUCUUAAGAGCCAUUCUGUCCACACAUAAGGUUAAGAUGGCAUUUGCUUUGGUGAUUGAUCCAGGAUUUUGGAAUGUUUUCUUCCAGAGGCUAAACUCUGGAAGUAUAGAAAUAAAAAGGGAAUACAAAACGUAUCUCUAAUUGUUAAAGCUCAUAUGCUAGAAGUACCCAGCAGGACUCUUUAUUACGCAAUUAUUGUUCAGAGCUUUUUGCAUAGUUUUCUGCUCACAACUAUUGUUUAAGAAAAAAAAUUGCUUUUUCCACACAACUUUUUUUUUUGUAGCUUACAUUUGAAGUUACAGCCAAAUAGAAAUUUUAUUUUCUGUUUUCUGAUACAUUUCUCCUGUUUAUUUUACAUUUUUUUAAUGCUUGGAUGUGAAACAAUUUUUUAUUUAUUUAUUUUUUUACAUUUUUGCUUGUGCAAGUAUGAAGUAAUUUUAAAAAAUUCCUUUUAUUACAUUCAUUCUCAUAUGUUUCUGUAACUAAAACUGGUGAAAUUCAUCAUAUGAAGAAGAUGAAAUGUGGUUGCUAUCAGGGCCGGCCUUAUGAAUUGUGGGGCCCAAUUUAAAGGAUGCUUGGGAGGCCCCCUCUUCUAAGUUAUUUUUUUUUACAAUAAUAACAACAACAAUAAUACUAUUAAUUAGAUCAUUAUACCAAAAUUUGUUAUACAACAUGCAAAGGAAGCAACUCAAUUGCAACUGGUGCCUGUGGGUUAAUUAAAGUUAUCGUAUGAUAGGCCUACACUAAAUUUGUUAACUCUUUAAGUCCUAUAUCUUCAAAAGCCUGUGACAAAAGCCAUGACUGAUAAGUAAAUUGCGGGAUUCCUACCAGGCGCAUGGCCCAAUCGGAGCAAUUGGUCAUAUCUGCAUAAGGCCUGCCCUGGUUGCAAUGCACUGUACCUUUUAUUUUACACUGGUAAUUAGAGUCAGGUUUCAUUAGGAAGUAACUGUUGAAUUAUUAUUAUUAUUUUUUUUUUUACAGUUUAUUUGUCAUUAAAAUGCCUCAGCUUUUGUCAUUUCACACAAAUCUUGUCAAUCUGAUAACCUGGUCUAGAUGUGUCAUUGUAGAUUUCCUUUUUGACAAUUUUCAUCAUCUCAAUGUAAUUCCAUAUGAACCACUAAAUAGCAAACAAUACAAACACACAAUGCUGCUGUGAUGUUAAGUGUUGUGUUUUUGUUGUUUGAAAGGUCUGGAUAUAGUUUUGUAGUAUUCACAGAACACACAGGGAAAAAAAACAACAAUAAGGCCUCAGUUAAAUAUAACUAAUCAUCUUUAUUAUCAAUAAGAUUGGGGCUCUCUGUUAUCUAAAAAGGUCUUUCUUCAGUGUGUUCUAGUGUCUUCUUUUAUCUAGAUCAGUGUUUCCCAAACUGUGUUCCACGGAACUCUAGGGUUCCACGAGGCUUCAGUAGGUGUUCCAUGAACAGUUUAACUAGUAGGCCUUCACAUGAAUUAGUCCUAGGUAUGCAAUGGCUAUGCUUGCCCUGGAUGUGGCAAAUUAUGUAGGUCACAGCUGGGGCUGUGUAGCCACUGGAAAGACUGCAUUCCUCAUUAAUCUUUGGACUCGAAGACAAGACGUAUUAGUAUUAUUAUUAUAGAAACCAAAACAACAACAACAACGUAUUCUAUGAACAUUGAAAUGGCUCUAAUUUGAAACAAAGAGACAAAUUGUAACCAUUAAUACUGAUGGAGUUUGAAGAACACUAAAAUAUUUCCAAAACAAAAUGUUAUUUUAAUUCUGUUUUCCACAACCUAUUUCUAAGUAGCAGUAUUGUUUUUCAUUGCGUUUAAACAAAUAAAUUUUGAAAUAAGCAAGUAGAAAACUAUAAAUAAACUAUACAUACAUUAGCACCAGAAAAAUGAAGGUCUAAUGACUUUGAUUGUAUUAUGCUCUUGAAGAGCUGAACUUCUUUGUGUUUGUGGAUAAGCUCAGUUCUGCUAUCUGGUGGGGCAUCAAGUCCCCCUGUUUCUAGAUUUUUUACUUUGAGUUUGUUGCAACGAAAAAAAGGGCCUGCUUCUCAGAAAUAGGUUGUAGGAAACAGCAGUAAAAUAAGAUCAACUUGUUUUGAAAUAUUAAAAGUUUUCUUGAGACAAAACGUGACCAGAAAUCUUUUAAAGGUUCGUUUUCAAUCAGAGACAGAACCUAGAUCAGUUAAAAGUUUAUACUGACGUUGUUAUAGAGAAGAGCCAAUCAAAUCUAUUUGUCUUUUCUUAAUAAUUCGAAAUAAUAGUAGUUUACUGUUCCAAGGGUUCAUGGAACACCUUUUCAAGCCUCGCCCAGUGUUCCACGGGACAACAGUUUGGGAAACACUGCACUAGGCUGAUCAUUAUAUACAAAAUCACGGUCUUUCCUAUUUGGUAUCGCUAUCUUUGAAAUGAUUUCAUCAAGUGUCUGAUUAGUGGUGACACUAUUCUUUUGUUUAUAACGAGUCUAUCUGAAAUGUCAUCGUUUACAUCUUAACAAACCUUUACAUCUCAAGUUUUCAUACAUGGCGGAAAAAAAACCUGAAAACUAGCCAGGUAUUUGGGGUUUCCGGUGUACGAAAUAAAGGAAUUUUUAGAUCAAACUUUGGAACUGUUUGUUUUUUAAAAAAGGUAUAGGAUAGUUUUUAUGCAAUGUUUAACACACCAAUAAUUUUUUUUUAAGCGCAUCUGUUUGUAGCACAAUAUAAUCUCAAUAUAAAGAAAGUGUUAGACUUUCACUCUAUGGCUUACAACUUAUUUCAAAACAAAUGGGCAACUAACUAGCGGUAAUAUUGCAAGCUUGUGAUGAAAAUCAACUGCGAGGCAUUGAUGUAUUGCUAGACGUUAUAGCUUAAUUCUUUUGAUUUUAUUUACAUAGCAACGCGGAAGUUCAAUUUAGCGUCCUUGACAUUGUUUUGUUUCUCGUUAAAAUCUCCAAUAACGUUGUUCUCGUACUGUUCCAUGCUGUUUGGUUAUGCGUGUCAUGAGAGGCUAAUUAAGUGCCAUAUAAUGUUGACCUGUAGCAAAUGUUGUAUUGAUGAUUUGUGCCUUCAAUCUCUUGGGCUUUAUGUUGAGUGCUUUAGAAAGUAUCUCAACAUUGAAUGCUAUAACAAAGGUGGCUUUCAAUAAACUAGUUGUUAUGUUUUUUUCUUGUUCA